AUACAAUUAAGCACAUCCAUAAGUGCUUUACUGAAUUGGAGCCUAAGUGUCCAGUGGUAGGGCAUUGCCUUGGAAGCCCAGGAGAUCACUUUCUGCUUAAUUUUUCCCAUCUGCCAAACAGGGAUUGAGAUGCUCUCCCCACUUCAUAAAUUACUUCCAAACCCAUGGAUGAAAAUGAUUUCUGAUUGCCAUGGCUGCAGUUGACAGUUUCUACCUCUUGUAUAGGGAGAUUGGUCGUUCCUGCAGUUCUUAUAUGGAGGCACUGGCUUUAGUUGGAGCCUGGUAUGUGGCCAGAAAAUGCUUCGCUCUUGUGUGUGAUUCUUACAGCUUGAUCAGGUUGCAUUUCAUCCCCAAGCUGGUGAGCAGGGCUGAUUUUGUCAAGCAGUAUGGAAGAUGGGCUGUAGUCACUGGUAGCACAGCUGGCAUUGGAAAAGCCUAUGCUGAAGAACUGGCAAGCCGUGGCAUCAACAUUAUCUUAAUCAGCCGGAGCAAAGAGAAGCUGGAGGCCGUAGCUAAAGACAUAACUGAAACCUAUAAAGUUGAAACUGCUGUUAUAGUAGCAGAUUUCAGCAAAGGUCGUGAGAUUUACUCUUCCAUUAAGGAAGCCCUCAGAGACAAAGACAUUGGGAUUUUGGUGAAUAAUGUAGGAGUGUUUUAUACCUACCCGGAAUAUUUUACCAGGUUGUCUGAGGACAAACUAUGGGAAAUUGUCAAUGUAAAUAUUGCUGCCGCUAACAUGAUGGUGCAUAUAGUGCUGCCAGGGAUGGUACAGAAGAAAAGAGGUGCGAUUGUGAAUGUUUCUUCUGGAUGCUGCUGCAAACCCACACCACAGAUGGCAGCAUAUUCAGCCUCCAAGGCCUACUUGGACCACUUCAGUAGAGCACUACAUUACGAAUAUGCUUCAAAAGGAAUCUUUAUUCAGAGUUUAAUCCCAUUCUUCAUCUCCACAAACAUGACACAAUUUGGUGAUCGCAUUCUGUCAAACAAGUUUUUUUGUGUGCCUUCAGCUAAAGUAUAUGCACAUCAUGCUGUUUCCACCCUUGGGAUAUCCAGAAGGACUACAGGAUACUGGAUCCAUUCUAUUCAGUUGCUGCUUGUACGGUACAUGCCAGAAUGGUUCUGGGUUUGGAGCAUGCAGAAUCUCAACAGUGCUCUACGUCGGGACGCCUUAUCCCACAGAAUAUAUUAGAAAUAUCCUCUAGGAAAUAGCCAAUGUGCUAAACUACUGCAGUAACCUAAUUUGAACAUUGGAAGAACUCUUUUAAAAAAAACAACAAAAAACAGUUUGCUAAUAUGUUUUCAUCACAAACAAUAUACGUACCAUAGUUACCAGAGAAGCCUGGAUCUGCCCCUCUCUUUGUACUACUGGGCCCAGAGCAAAAGCUGAGCAGGACAUAACUGUUUUUUGUCGAGUUUAGUUCAGAUAGUUAAAUAUCUGAGUUUCUCAUGUAAUUGAAUGAGAGUGGGCGGUGUACUAAUCCUGCAUGGAAUUGACUGGUUAUGGAAAUCCUAAUAAUAUGAAUGGAAUUUAGAUAGCCCGGUGUUUUGCAGGAUUGGGCACUGGAAGAGUUGAAGGGGAUCCCAAAUCAUGUUGUGUUAUAAAGACAAUCUCAGAUUUUCAGUGGACUAUCUUGUGUUGGUUUUCCAAUCUUGUCAUUGCAGGUAUUAUGUUGAAAAAUGUAUAAGGUUACUUUUCAAAACUGGGGAAAAGGUAGAAUGCAUUUAAGGCUUUUUAGUUAAUUAACUCUCUUGUUUGUGUGUGUUCUGUAUUGCUAUGAUAGAGCAGCAAUAAAGUUCAAAUAAAAAUGUUUGCUUGCUUUCCU